GGAGAAAUCAUUGGAACUGUGUAUUGCUAGUGUGGGCUUAGGUGUGGGUUGAGAGGUGCCGAUGUCUUGGCAGAGCUUCUUAUCUCACUGAUAACUUGUAUAUCCUGUGAGACUUAAGACCCAGUGAGCUCACUAGUGUCUCUCUUCUGUUUUUGCAGUCGUGGUGUCACCUAUAGAUCUUCUUUUAAGUUUUUCGAGAUGUCAUUUAGACUGGUGCGGCAAAGCAAGUUCAGGCAUGUCUAUGGUACUUGUCUCAAACGGGAACAAUGUUUUGACAAUAUCAGAGUCAGCAAAGCAUCAUGGGACUCCACAUUCUGCGCUGUCAACCCAAAAUUUUGUGCUAUAAUUGUUGAAUCUGGAGGUGGUGGAGCCUUUAUUGUACUCCCUCUGUCUAAAUUGAACAAG